AUGGUAAAAAGUUGUGGCAGCAGAAUCUAUACUCCUCAUGGGAGAGGGUUGUGGAGAAAAAUCCUAAUACAAUGGCCUCGUUUCCAGCAAUGUAUAAAGUGGAAUCUUUGCAGAGGCAACAAGAUCAGUUUUUGGGAGGAUGAAUGGCUUGGUGAGGGUUGUCUUAUGAGGAGAUACCCCAGGAUAUAUGCUAUAGCUCAAAAUAAGAAAAUAGCUGUUGAGGAGGCUUACCGAGUCACUAAGGAGAAAGUAAAAUGGUCGGUUUUUAUUUCAAGGAACUUGAAUGAUUGGGAGAUUAGUGAAUACGGAGAUUUAUUGAAGAUUCUAGAGGCACAACAGUUGAAGACAAACGAUGAUCUGGUUGUAUGGAAACUGGAAAAGAAGGGGGAAUUUUCUGUCACUUCUUACUGUAGGUUUCUGUGUGCUAGGGAUGAUACUGAUUGCUCAAGCUUCCCGGCUGUGCAAAUUUGGAUGACCAAGGCUCCUCCACGUAUUGCAUUUUUCGCUUGGGAGGGCUGUUGGGAGAAGAUUUUAACUAUUGACAAAUUCAGUGUUAGAGGGCAGAUUUUGAUAAAUGGUUGUUACUGCUGUUUUCAAGCAGAGGAGACAUGUAAUCAUCUACUGUUGUGGUGUCCUAUGCCUUACAAUCUUUGGUGUAUGGUACAUGGUCUCUUGGGGAUUGAGUGGGUUAUUGCUGGGUCGGUUGGUAUGGAAAUUUGUGCUUGA